AUGGGACAUGUUGUGGACAUAGGGAAGCCAGUGAAUUACACAGGGGGGCUCGAGUUCUCGAGCCUAACAUACAGAGUGACAAAAAAGAUCAAAGAUGAAAAUGGGAAAUGGUUAAGUCAAGAAGUGGACUUGUUGCACCAGAUAACAGGUUAUGCACCAAAAGGUUGCAUUACUGCAGUUAUGGGCCCAAGUGGUGCUGGAAAGUCUACACUUUUAGAUGGAUUGGCUGGAAGAAUUGCUAGUGGAAGCCUUAGGGGUAAAGUGUCAAUGGGUGGGCUUGAUAUGAGCCCAAGUUUGAUCAAAGGAAGUUCAGCUUACAUAAUGCAAGAUGAUAGACUUUUUCCAAUGCUUACUGUUUAUGAGACAUUCAUGUUUGCUGCUGAUUUUAGAUUAGGAUCACUCUCUAGGACCGAAAAACAGGAGAAGGUUGAGAGGCUGAUUGAGCAACUUGGAUUGUCUUCGACUAGGAACACUUACAUAGGUGAUGAAGGGACUCGAGGAGUAUCUGGAGGUGAACGUCGUAGGGUGUCAAUUGGAGUGGACAUUAUACAUGGACCUUCAUUGUUGUUCUUGGAUGAGCCUACUUCAGGUCUUGAUUCAACUAGUGCUCAUAGUGUAAUUGAGAAGGUGCAUGAUAUAGCCCGAGCUGGAAGCACUGUGAUUCUAACAAUUCAUCAGCCUUCACACCGUAUUCAAUUGCUUAUUGAUCAUCUAAUCAUCCUGGCUCGCGGACAACUCAUGUACCAAGGAGCACCGAAUGAUGUGUCUCAUCAUCUUGUUAGGAUGGGACGAAAAGUGCCAAAGAACGAAAGCUCGAUAGAACACCUGAUUGAUGUAAUUCAGCAAUAUGAUCAAUCUGAACUUGGAGUAGAAGCAGUAGCUGCAUUUGCACUUACUGGUAUGAAACCUCCACAAAUCGGUGCAGCAGCACACGAGAAGUCAGUUUCCAUUGUGCUUCCAUCACCUGCCCGUCCAUCACACCGUGCUAAACAUCAGGUCCUGGAGGCACAAGGUCGUGACAAGUCAAGCAAACGUCUUCGUUUGCAAACCCAUGCACAAGAUGACACAGGAUUCGAUCACAGUGUUAGAAGUCCCUGGAAUACAUCUAAGUCCUGGAGUGCCAGCCGUAGUGGUGUCCUACAAUCUAUAGGCUUUUCACCAGCUAGGCGCAAUGAUCAUAGAAGUCCAAGUGUUAUGGGUUCCUCUCCAGGAUGCUAUGCCUACUCUACAGAGAUCGUUCAAAGUACUCCAACUCCGCAUAGUAGUGACUACACUGUUAAUGAAAAUGACUAUUUGACACCCAAUGAUUUUGCUCAUGACAUCAAUCAUUCUUUCCAUUAUCUUGGGCCAAAGUUUGCGAAUUCUUUCUUCUCAGAGACAUGGAUAUUGAUGAGACGAAACUUUAUAAACAUCAUGCGUACCCCUGAACUUUUCCUCUCUAGGCUUGUAGUACUAUCAGCCAUGGGAAUUAUGAUGGCCACUAUGUUCCUGCAUCCCAAAGAAAACCUUCAAGGGAUCACAAAUCGCCUCAGUUUCUUCAUCUUCACUUGCACCCUCUUUUUCUUUUCGUCCAAUGAUGCUGUUCCUGCUUUCAUUCAAGAACGAUUUGUCUUCAUUCGCGAGACCUCUCACAAUAAGUAUAGAGCCUCUUCUUACACAAUUGCAGGUCUAGUUACUUACCUUCCAUUCCUAGCUCUUCAGGCUGCAGUUUAUGCAGUGAUUGUUUGGUUUGCACUAUCACUUAGAGGGCCAUUCAUCUAUUUCUUGGUAAUUCUGUUCAUGUCACUACUCUCCACAAAUUCAUUCGUUAUAUUCGUGAGCUCAGUGGUGCCAAACUACAUACUAGGUUAUGCAGCUGUGAUUGCUUUCACCGCGCUGUUUUUCUUGUUCUGUGGCUAUUUCUUGAACAGCAAUGACAUGCCAAAUUACUGGAAAUGGAUGAAUUAUGUUUCAACAAUGACUUAUCCAUAUGAAGGACUUUUGAUGAAUCAGUAUCAAACAAAUGAAUCAUUUGGAAAAGACCCUCUUGGAAGAGAUGUUACUGGUUUUGGAAUCUUGAAAUCACUUAAUAUUUCACUUGAUCCAACCAAGAAGUGGGAAAAAGUAUAUAUUAUGUUGGGAUGGGCUGUUUUUUACAGAAUUCUGUUUUAUAUUGCUCUUAGAUUAUUUUCAAAGAAUCAGAGGAAAUGA